AUGUUAAUAUACUCGUCUAUACAUGUGGAUAACCUUAUUCCUGACCCAACAGAAGCCAAGCAGAGAGUGGACUGGAUCAAGAACAAGAUACUGCACGGCUACUACAAGGUGGGUCUGGAGGAUCGCCUGCUAGUAGAGCGUUUGCUUAUCACCUCAUUGGUUCCCUACAAACUGGCGCCCGAGGAGCGCAUGAAGAAACUGUACCAUCUGCUGGGCGAUCUUGAUGCGAAUGCAACCAAGGCCUUUGUUGAACUGCAAAAGAAUCAAAUGAAGACACGCAACACGGUUAGCGAUUGGAUCAAGCUGCAUCACUCCAAGGAGUUUACUCCCCGGGUGCUCGGUCAACUGGCUGUUAAACAGACCACCAUUGCCAAAUCAGCGCCUGCCGAUUUCCGUCCUGUCCGGCUUCAGUGGGUGAGGAUGACGGACAUUGUUUAUCCGAACGGCUGUCGGCCAUUGGUGGAAGACCUGGGCACAGACGAGCUCAUACGCCGCCUUAAGACACUCGCCAAUGUCCUGCAGACCAUGGACCAAGAUGACAAUCUCUAUCAACAAUAUAUACCAUUGGCACUCCACUUGCUGGACGACUUCUUUAUGCAGCAUACAUCCCGCGAUGUCCAACUGCUGAUAGCGUGCUGCAUAGCGGAUGUAUUGCGCGUAUAUGCGCCUGAGGCCCCCUACAAAGAGCAAGAUCAAAUCAAAAGCAUUUUCAAGUUUUUUAUCAAACAAUUGCACGGUCUAAAGGAUCCCCGCGAUCCGUCCUUCAAGCGUUACUUUUAUCUAUUGGAGAACUUAGCCUUUGUCAAGUCUUUCAACAUGUGCUUCGAGCUCGAGGACUGCCAGGAAAUCUUCCACGACCUGUUUAGUACCAUUUUUAAAAUUGUGAACGAUCAGCACAGUGCCAAGAUCACAAACUUUUUCCUGGACGUGCUAAGUGCCCUGAUAACCGAGGCUGACAAUUUGUCCGUGGAUCUUCUGGACCUCUUACUGAUUAACAUAGUGGAACCAAAUAAAUCAAGCAACAGAUGUGCUGCACAUAUAACCGAGCAACUGCUCGCCAAGACCGGUGACGCAUUGGAGUCCCCAAUCAAAAUGUUCUUUAACCGUGCAUUGGUCAUGGAUAAGCCGAACAACAAACUGUCUAUUACAAACAAAAAAUAUGAUAUCAUCUAUGAGCUUAAUCGCAUCAAUCCCGAUCUUCUGUACUCCGUGCUGCCCCAAUUGGAGAACAAACUACUGUCCACUGAUGAUGCAGAAAGGCUGAAAGCCACCACGUUGCUGUCGCGCAUGUUCUCCGAGAAGGACUCGCAGCUGUCGCAGAAAUAUCAAAACCUGUUACGCACCUUCUUGGGCCGCUUCUGCGAUAUCUCGGAGGCAGUGCGUGUCAAGUGCGUACAAUCGCAUGAAUGGCCUGGCCUACAUCUACAAAGUGGCCAUCUGCGAACCAAAUGACUUGAGUGCUGAUGCCAAGCAGAGAGUGGACUGGAUCAUGAACAAGAUACUGCACGGCUACUACAAGGUGGGUC